CUGACGAAAAUUAUAUUAAUUAUGAAUACUGGAUUUAUGAAUCUAAUUGCCAUGUAAUAAAAUAGUAGAUUUCCACACAGUUUCCCACACGUCCCAAGAGUCUAAGUGCCCUGUCAUUAAGGUCCUCAAACAACGAGGGCACUUAGCCGUGCCAGCUGAUACCAGGGAAUUUCCUCCCAACGCAAUGGCAAUUUUCAGUCUAUUCCGUUGGCAAUGCGCCCAUUUGUACUGAUUUGGAUCCGAAAGCUUCUUUCAACACAUGGCAAGCAUGAAAAACGAAAGGAUUAUUUAGCACACGUUUGCCACAAAUCAAAUCACUCCCUCCGUACCGUGCGGUACCGUAAGGCGGGGGUAAAUGCAGUCAACUUUAUAAAACGAAGCAAGACAUCCGUAUUCCACGAUCAUGGAAUAUUUAUAUACGGCAACGGAUUAUCGAUUUCCAAACUAAAUAUUUUCCCACCCUCUUUGAUGAUUUUUUGUUCCAGAAUAAUACUUUGGGGCCUAUGAAAAUCUAACGACCAUCGGCACUCGAGAGGGUUACGACAGGAUUCAAAAGAGAAAACUAUUUCUGAAUUAUUGAUAUCGACGCCCGAUAAAACCAGCCACUAUUCCUGUCGAUAAUGGCUUCGCAGACAACUGUUGCUGGAGCAUAACCGAUACUCAAACAUCGUUAAUAACAUACAGACACACAUUCACGUAAUUCACGGCUUCAUAUACUAAGCGAGAGUAGUGGAAGGAAUAAAGUUAUUUCCGGCCCCGCAGCACGCGAAUGAAUCACGGCAUUUUGAGUGCAUCACGAGAGCUGAUACUUAGCACCGAAAGGCGGGGCAGCAUGCGAAGCGGGAGUGAUAACGGUACCCUCCCGACGGGUGACCACACCGAGGGGGGAUCCAGAAGUACCACCAACAAGGAAGUGGUGGCCCGCUGGAGGGUACCGAUGCGGGGUAAAAUCUACGAGGUGGAGUUCGAGCACGGGACGGCCAGCGGGAAGCGGGUGCUGUGGAUCGACAAGGAGGAGAUUUUUCGCCGGGAUUGGAUGUUCAAACUGGUCGGCGAGGAUAUGUUCCGGUUGGAGGACAAACGAUGCAUUAUAAGGGUUGAUCCACUGCCGGGAUUCAAGUACAGCUACACACUGUUCGUGGACGGAGAGUCGUACGAGCAGUUCUCCGAAUCCCAAGCUAAGGCGUUGAAAACGUGGGAGGUCAAUUUGGGCGAUAAUUUCUAUCGUAUAGUGUUGGAGAAAAACACACUCAACAUCUACGUGAACGGAAAACUGAUUGAGGAAAAUGGUGAGUUUGUAGAUGGCGGCACCGAUACCACCUUCAGCGAGGACAACAACACAUUCGUGCUGAGUGCACGAACUAGCGGCAAUAAGCGCGAGGGGAUUGUGCACUGUCUCACGGUCAACGGGGUUCCGCUGGAAGACGCUUCCGCUGGCGGAUCAUCGUAGGAAUCGCGAGUACCACUGCGAGUGCCUGUAAUUCUAUAAAAUAAGAAGAACAAAAGUUUAUGGCUGUUAACAUAUUGAUUAGUGUAUAAAGUUCACACAAGCUAAUAGAUUAUAUUUUAA